ACGUCCAAAUCAAUAAAAAUGGUCAAAAUUUGUGUUUUUUUCAAUGUGUGGCCAUAAAUUGUGUUUUAUGCUUUAUUUUGGCUACUUCAAAAUUUUACUCAUAAAUUAAUGUGGUUUAAGAACCUAAUGUUAUUAGUGUAUUAUAUGAGAGAUUAUUUUUUACCAAAAAAAUAUUAUUAUACUUUUGUAGUAUUGAUUCUCACGUAAUCCAAUAUUUUAAGAUAAAUAUAAAUGCUAAUCAAUUGAGCAUUUAUAUUGAAAAUGAGAACAAAUUAUAGUCGUAAUUUAAUAGAUCAGAAAUAGAACUUGCUAGUAUAAAUAAAAAUCAGCAUUAAUUAUGUAAAUAAAUGUUGAAAUUAAUAUUGAAUUGUGUAAAUUAAUUAAUUAAGAUUAAAAUUAAUGCUACACUUUGGGCGGGAAAAUAGUAUAGGCAUAUUGGUUCCACUUUUAUAUAUAUAUAUAGAUUAUGAGAAUCGUAGGAAAGAGAUAUAAUGAUUAAAUUGAAAAAACGUGGGAGAGAGAAAAAAUAGCGUUGUAUUACCGUUGUACUGAUCUUUUAUAUAUUUUAUAUAUAUAGAUAGGGCCUAAAAUAGGCCCAAGAUUUGUCCAAAAAUCGGCCCACCCGUCGGCCCUUUCCACGAGUCGGUUUUCGCUCAAACCCAUUUUAAAAUCAAACUCGUAUUGAAAUAAAUGUGCUCUUUGCUAUUCAUACUUUGAAAUGAAAAUAUACAUAUAUAUAUAUAUAUAUACACACACAUUUUGAUUUAAAUCAAGUUCACACGAAAUAAUAAUAAUAAUAAUAAUAAUAAUAAUAAUAAUAAUAAUAAUAAUAAUAAUAAUAAUAAUAAUCUUCUUAAUAAGAUCUAUUUUCCGUUUUUCUGAAGAGAAAACCUAGACAUCAAGUCUUAUUAAGUUACCGCGAGGAUAAUUAUUCUUAUUAACUGGGAAUUAGGGACCUAUGACCUAUCACAUCCUAAUAAUAUCAAUAAGACCCAUAUGAAUCAUAGGAUCGAAAAUCUGGGGUAUUACAUUAAUAAUGAAAAUUAGUUUAUUUGUUUAGAAGAUGGAACAUUCUUUAAAAAAAAAAGAAUAAAAGUAUGUCUUUAUAUGCUUUCAAUCUACUUAAUAUUGAAUUAAUUGAAUGGCGAACAAUUAUCUAUUAUAUUAAGUGAUUGUUAAAAAAAUGCAUGAAAAUGAAGUGUACGGAAUGCUCCCGCCCCCGAACCCCGUGUAAAUGUUUUCAAACGUCGUAGUUCACCAAAUUCAGUCCCCACAACGUUAAAUUCUGAAGCUGCCCUUGAGUGGGAUGGAGAAAGUAAUAAUAAUAAUAAUAAUAAUCUCUUCGGUGAAUUUGAGAAAAUAAAGAAUAUACAUGUGUAAGUAUGGCCCAAUGUAUUUUUCAAAUAGGCCCAAUCCAAAUUAAAAAAUACUAAGUUGUCGGUUUGGGGCCAGUUCGCUUUCCGUUCGCAAUUGAGACCCGCUGUAUGAGUCGUGGAGUCGGUGUUUACGUCGCGUUAAUCUCGAUUCUUCAAGUAAAUUCCAGAAACCCCCCACAAAUUCUCCCACGAAAAACUAUAAAUUCCUCGCUUAAUUCGCUCCAACUUUUAUUUCUCCAAACCUGAUAUUGCCGCUAUAGUUUAGUAUAUCUUUUUUCAGACGUUAAUCCAUUGACUGCGAGAAAAAAAGAAGCAGAAACAUGGCAAGAGAAGGCCCUAAUUGGGAAGGAUUGCUUAAGUGGAGUCUUUCCCACGCCGACGGUACUAACACUUCUCGCAGUUUGAGUGAGGAGGAUAGAAGAUGGUUUAUGGAGGCGAUGCAAGGGCAGACAAUUGAUGUUAUUAAGCGAAUGAAGGAGAUAACACUUGUUAUGAAGACCCCUGAGCAGGUUUUGGAGUCUCAGGGGGUGACUCCUCAAGAUAUUGAAGAUAUGUUGGAUGAGCUACAAGAACAAGUGGAAUCCAUCGACAAUGCUAAUGAUCUUCACUCCAUUGGUGGUCUUGCUCCUCUCCUCGACUACCUUAGAAAUCCACAUGCUAACAUUAGGGCAAAAGCAGCCGACGUUGUUAGCACGGUCGUGCAGAACAAUCCCAGGAGUCAACAGCUGGUAAUGGAAGCUAAUGGUAUGGAGCCGCUGCUGUCCAAUUUUACUUCUGAUCCAGAUGUUGGAGUGCGUACCAAAGCGCUCGGGGCAAUCUCUUCUCUGAUUAGGCAUAACAAGCCUGGAAUUGCUGCAUUCCGGUUGGCUAACGGUUACGCCGCGCUAAGAGAUGCUUUGGGCUCCGAGAGUGUGAGAUUUCAAAGGAAAGCCCUGAACUUGAUCCAUUAUCUACUUAGUGAGAAUCAUUCAGACAUUAACGUCAUAUCCGAACUCGGCUUUCCUCGCAUCAUGAUGCACCUUGCAUCAAGUGAGGAUUCUGAUGUGCGCGAAGCUGCACUAAGGAGCCUUCUCGAUCUAGCUCGGGACAGAUCAGAGAAGCCCGAUACUCCAAAUGAAGAUGAUGACAAACUGAAGCAGAUUCUACAAGACAGGAUCAAAGGGAUCAGUGAGAUGUCUCUUGAAGACCUAGGAGCCGCGAAAGAGGAAAGGGAGCUUGUGGACUCUCUUUGGAAAGCCUGUCACAACGAACCAUCACCUCUUUUCGAGCAGGGUCUUCUAUCACUCCCUGGAGAAGACGCUCCGCCUCCAGAUGUAGCGAGCCAGUAUUUCCAGCCGCCUCUUAGAGCUUGGGCUGCAAACAGAAAUCCUGAUCCAAAACCAGAGAACGAGAAGAAGGAAGCGCCGUUGUUGUUAGGCCCCGGACCCUCAGCUUGAAUUAGUUUGUGCUGGACGGGUGCAGAUAUAUCACUGCAGUGUUAGUUUUUGUCGAGAUGUUCAGCGCAAUUAUGCACCAAAAUCAUAUUAUUUGUGGGUAAGUCCAAGAUCUUGUUCUAUAUUUGUACUUUCCAUAUAUUCCAAAAGUACAAAACUUUUUAUCUUUA